UGCCACGGCCAUACUGCCCUGGUGCAGCCUGCAGCACCGAGGCGUCUAAGUCCCGGAAAGGCCCAUCAGGAGGAGCAGGGAGCAUGGCUCUCAAGUUAGUGGGGAAGGCCCUGUUCAAGGGCUCCGACAGAAUCACUCCGAGCGUCCAGCCCCGUCCCCUGCCUGUCAGAAGCAUGAGCGUGAGCAGGACGAUGGAGGACAGCUGCGAGCUGGACCUGGUGUACGUCACCGAGAGGAUCCUGGCUGUCUCCUUCCCCAGCUCUGCCAACGAGGAAAGCUUCCGCAGCAACCUCCGCCAGGUGGCCCAGAUGCUCAAGUCCAAGCAUGACGGCAACUACCUGCUUUUCAAUCUCUCUGAGCGCCGACCUGACAUCACGAAGCUCCACACCAAGGUUUUGGAGUUUGGCUGGCCUGACCUGCACACCCCUGCGCUGGAGAAGAUCUGUGGGGUCUGCAAGGCCAUGGACACCUGUGCGGACCAGGCUCUGGACCGGUUUGCAAUGAAGCGGUUCUAUGAGGAUAAGAUCGUUCCCAUUGGUCAGCCGUCUCAGAGAAGGUAUGUGCAUUACUUCAGCGGCCUCCUCUCCGGCGCCAUCAAAAUGAACAACAAGCCCUUGUUCCUGCACCACGUGAUCAUGCAUGGCAUCCCCAACUUUGAAUCCAAAGGAGGAUGCCGGCCCUUUCUCCGGAUCUACCAAGCCAUGCAACCUGUUUACACGUCGGGCAUCUACAAUGUCCAAGGAGACGGCCAGACCAGCAUCUGCAUCACCAUCGAGCCCGGGCUGCUCUUGAAAGGAGACAUCCUGCUGAAGUGCUACCACAAGAAGUUCCGGAGCCCGGCCCGGGAUGUCAUCUUCCGAGUACAGUUUCACACCUGCGCCAUCCACGACCUGGGCAUUGUCUUCGGGAAGGAGGACCUUGACGACGCCUUCAAAGAUGACCGCUUUCCGGAAUAUGGCAAAGUGGAGUUCGUAUUUUCUUAUGGGCCAGAGAAAAUUCAAGGCAUGGAGCACCUGGAGAACGGGCCGAGUGUGUCUGUGGACUACAACACUGCCGACCCCCUCAUUCGCUGGGACUCCUACGAUAACUUCGGUGGGCACCGAGAGGAUGGCGUGGAGGAGGUGGUGGGACACACCCAGGGCCCACUGGACGGCAGUCUCUACGCCAAGGUGAAGAAGAAGGACUCCCCGCACGGCAGCACUGGGGCCAUCAGCACCGCGCGCCCCACCCUCUCGGCCACCCCCAACCACGUGGAGCACACGCUCUCUGUGAGCAGCGACUCGGGCAACUCCACCGCCUCCACCAAGACAGACAAGACCGAUGAGCCGGCCCCCGGCCCCGCCAGCGUCCCAGCUGCCCUGAGCCCUGAGGAGAAGCAGGAGCUAGACCGCCUGCUCAGUGGCUUUGGCUUAGAGCGCGAGAAGCCAGGCCCCAUGUCCCACGGCCAGCACUUCAGGGCCCGACAGGCUGGGGGCCCUGCCGCGCCCUCCACUGGCCGCCAUGUUGUCCCAGCCCAGGUGCAUGUCAAUGGCGGGGCCUUGGCAUCUGAGCGGGAGACGGACAUCCUGGAUGAUGAGCUGCCCAACCAGGACGGGCACAGUGUGGGCAGCAUGGGCACGCUGUCCUCCCUGGAUGGGGUCACCAACAUCAGUGAGGGAGGCUACCCUGACACCCUGUCCUCACUGACCAAUGGUCUAGACAAGUCCUACCCCAUGGAGCCCAUGGUCAAUGGUGGGGGCUACCUCUACGAGUCAGCUAGCCGAGUGGUCCCUGCCCAUGCUGGCCCUCAUGCCCCCAUGUGGCCCUCCUACUCCGCCCAGGAGGGUUUAGCCAGGCACCAGCAGGAGGGGCCCCACCCCUCCUGGCCUCAGCCGGUGACCACCUCCCACUAUGGCCAGAACCCCAGCAGUAUGUUCCGCUCACAGUCCUUUCCCGAAAACGAGUCCCCGCUGCCCCCAGCUCCAGCCCGCAGUGGAAGCAGCCGGGAGGCAGUCCAGAGGGGGCUGAAUUCCUGGCAGCAGCAGCAGCAGCAGCAGCCUCAUCCCCCUCCCUGCCAGCAGGAGAGAGCCCACUUGGAAAGUGUGGGGCCCAGCAGGCCCGGCCUUCAUUCUUUGACUGAGACCCCCACCCCCAGCCUCCCUGAGUUCCCCCUGAGGGCAGCGUCUCAGCAGGAGAUUGAACAGUCCAUCGAAGGCCUCAACAUGCUGAUGCUGGAGCUGGAGCCAGUCUCGGCCGCUGCCCCUCUCCACAAGUCUCAGAGUGUCCCAGGGGCCUGGCCCGGGGCUGCCCCACUCUCCUCCCAGCCGUACUCUGGAGCCGCCCGCCAGUCCCAGCCGUUGACCCAGUCCAGAUCGGGCUACAUCCCCAGCGGGCACUCCCUGGGCACUACUGAGCUGGCCCCUAGGGCCAUCCUGGAGCCCAUCCCGCUGGGUAGGGCAUUCUCGCCUUAUGACUACCAGCCCAGUCAGAGUUUCCGUCCGAAGAGCCCAGUCUCCUCCACCUCCUCGUCUGCCUUUCUCCCAAAUGCCCAUAGCCCCCCAGGGCCCCAGCAGCCCCCAGCCUCUCUUCCGGGCCUCACCUCGCAGCCUCAGCUCCCACCAAAGGAGGGGGCUUCAGACCCAUCCCGAACUCCAGACGAAGAGCCGUUGAAUCUGGAAGGGCUGGUGGCCCACCGGAUAGCAGGGGUGCAGGCACGGGAGAAGCCUCCUGCAGAGCCCCCAGCCCCUCUCCGGAGGCGGGCGGCCAGCGAUGGACAGUAUGAGAACCAGUCUCCAGAACCCACAUCCCCCCGGAGUGCCGGGGUCCGCUCUCCUGUUCAGUGCGUCUCCCCAGAAUUGGCUCUUACCAUUGCUCUCAAUCCUGGAGGGCGUCCCAAAGAGCCCCAUCUGCACAGCUACAAGGAGGCCUUUGAGGAAAUGGAGGUUACAUCUCCGACCAGCCCUCCACCCAGUGGAAUGCGCUCCCCUCCGGGGCUGGCCAAGACGCCUCUGUCUGCUCUGGGCCUGAAACCCCACAACCCUGCGGACAUCCUGCUGCACCCCACAGGCGUCCCCAGGAGAGUGAUCCAGCCAGAGGAGGAUGAGGGGCAGGGGGUGCCUGCGCUGUGUGAAGAACCGCGGAGCUAUGUCGAGUCUGUGGCACGGACAGCUGUGGCUGGGCCCCGAGCCCAGGAGCCCGAGCCCAAGAGCUUUAGCACCCCAGCUGCCCAGGCCUAUAGCCACGAGAUGCCGCUGAGGAACGGCACGCUGGGGGGCUCCUUUGUCUCUGCCAACCCCCUCUCCACCAGCAGCCCCAUCCUCAGUGCGGACAGCACUUCAGUGGGGAGCUUCCCAUCUGGGGAGAGCAGUGACCAGGGCCCUCGGACCCCCACGCAGCUGCUGUUGGAUUCCAGUUCCCGCUCGGGAAACCUGGGCCAGCCCAGCCCUUUGGCCCAGAGAAGUUACCAGAGCUCGUCGCCUCUCCCAACCAUGGGCAGCACCUUCAGCGGCCCCGAUUAUUCUCUCCAGCCAUUCAACUCAUCUCCAGACAGCCAGAGCCGGCCUCAGUUCAGCGUGGCUGGGGUCCAUGCCAUCCCUGGGAGCCCACAGGCACGCCAUAGGACAGUGGGCACCAAUACCCCGCCAAGCCCUGGCUUUGGCCGGCGGGCUGCCAACUCUGGCAUGGCUGCCCCUGGGAGCCCGAGCUUGAGCCAGCGCCAGGUGGCGGGGCCUCUUGGGAAUGCAGGAACGGGUUUCCAUGGCAAUAUGGUCUCUAGCCCCCAGAGCAGUGCCACAACCACUCCAGGGAGUCCCAGCCUGGGCCGGCACCCAGCAGGGCCCCCCAAGGCCUCAGGCUUCCAUGGCAGUGUGGCGACCACUCCAGGGAGCCCCAUCCUGGGCCGGCAUCCUGGGACCCACCAAGGCAAUCCGGCCUCCAGUCUCCAUGGCAACACAAUAGCUAGUCCUGGAAGCCCCAGCCUGGGCCGUCACUUGGGGGGCUCUGGAUCUCUGGUUCCUGGCAGCCCCAGCUUGGACCGGCAUGCGGCCUAUGGUGGCUACUCCACUCCUGAUGACCGGAGACCCACCCUGUCCCGACAGAGCAGUGCCUCGGGCUACCAGGCCCCCUCCACUCCCUCCUUCCCGGUCUCCCCUGCCUACUACCCUGGCCUGAGCAGCCCGGCCACAUCCCCAUCGCCGGAUUCAGCUGCCUUCCGGCAAGGGAGCCCCACGCCAGCUUUGCCAGAGAAGCGGAGGAUGUCCAUGGGAGACCGGGCAGGCAGCCUCCCCAACCAUGCCACCCUCAACGGGAAGGCGUCCUCCUUGCCCGGCACCAGCGGCAUGUCCAGUCCCAGUGGGGGCAGCACCGUCUCCUUCUCCCACACUCUACCGGACUUCUCCAAGUACUCCAUGCCAGACAACAGCCCCGAAACAAGGGCGAAAGUGAAAUUUGUCCAGGACACUUCCAAGUAUUGGUACAAGCCUGAGAUCUCUCGAGAGCAGGCCAUUGCACUCCUGAAGGACCAGGAGCCAGGGGCCUUCAUCAUCCGCGACAGCCACUCCUUCCGAGGGGCCUAUGGACUGGCCAUGAAGGUGUCUUCCCCCCCUCCGACGAUCCUGCAGCAGAGUAAAAAAGGAGACAUGACCCAUGAGCUGGUGAGGCAUUUCCUGAUAGAGACCGGGCCCAGAGGGGUCAAGCUCAAAGGAUGCCCCAACGAGCCAAACUUUGGAUCGCUCUCUGCCCUGGUCUACCAGCACUCCAUCAUCCCAUUGGCUCUGCCGUGUAAGCUGGUCAUUCCAAACCGAGACCCCACAGAUGAAUCAAAAGAUAGCUCAGGCUCUGCCAACUCAACCACCGACCUGCUGAAGCAAGGGGCAGCCUGCAACGUGCUGUUUGUCAACUCUGUGGACAUGGAGUCCCUCACUGGGCCACAGGCCAUCUCCAAAGCCACUUCUGAGACGUUGGCUGCUGACCCCACGCCAGCUGCCACCAUUGUUCACUUCAAGGUCUCCGCCCAGGGAAUCACACUGACUGACAACCAGAGAAAGCUCUUCUUCCGGAGACACUAUCCCCUCAACACCGUCACUUUCUGCGCUCUGGACCCCCAGGAGAGAAAGUGGAUGAAAGCAGAGAGUGGAGCCCCUGCAAAGCUUUUCGGCUUCGUGGCGCGGAAGCAGGGCAGCACGGCCGACAAUGCCUGCCACCUCUUCGCCGAGCUGGACCCCAACCAGCCCGCCUCGGCCAUCGUCAACUUCGUCUCCAAGGUCAUGCAGAGUGCUGGCCAGAAGAGAUGAGCCCAGGCCGGGGCAGCGGGGAUGGAGGGGCCUGAGGAGGGACCCUGACCCCCUUGAGUCCAGAAGGGGGACUUUUGGCUAAUGUUGGCGAAGGAGAGAGGAACGUGCCAGGAGGGAGAGGGAAGUGUUGGCUGAGGGAAGCGGAGGUGGAGAGGCGGAGACGUGGAGGCGAGUUCUGAGAUCCCCCCAGGUCGAUGGAAACUGCAAAAGCCCCAAAGAACCUGCCCCCCACCCCCUUGGCCCAUCUCACGCCCCAUCACCCCUCUAGGAGGAUGGUGUGCCCAGAGGGACAGAGCAAGACUCCUCUGGGAUCUGUGGUUUGGGGACAAUGGGCCAUCUCCGCCUCUCGAACCUAACUGCCCAGAGGGGCUGCUCAGGGCCACCCUUUGGCCCUUUGAAGUCUCUUGGGCUCCCGAGGCACCCCAAGGUUCCUGGCUCCACCUUGGGCAGGUGGGCUUUGUCCGGCCAUGGCCCCAUGGCUCACAGCUGGGGUUCUCUGGGCCUCUGGCCACUAGAAAUAGAAGCGGCUUCACAGGCACCUGCCCCACAGGGGCUUGCACACGCUUGUGCACCUGGGGGGCCCAGAAAGCAGGGGAGCUGGUCUGCAGGGAGGGGACAUGAGCCAUUGUUGGAGUCACAUGCUCCCUCCUGCUGCCCAACCCACAGCUUCAGCAACCCCUGCUGCCGCUGGCCCCCUUUCCUCCACAAAGACCCUAUGCCUACAGCGUUGGGGUGGGGGACUUUGACCCGAGGAGGUCAGGAUAUGUGUACCCAACUGGCAUCCAAUGAGCUCUGGCCUCUGCUGGCAUGUGGACCGGCAGGUGAGGCAAGCUGUUCCCACCAGCUCCCUGGAGUCCGCCUUAGCCCCUCUCUCUCAGCCCCAACCUGGGGUAUUUUCGCCCCACAACCAGCCUUAUCACCGACUUGCUGCCUGCAUGAUGCCUUUUCGGGUAUGGGGAAUGGAGUCUUCCUGCUUUGCCUGGCCCAGCCUCACCCUGCAGGCCCCCCUCUUGGCCUCAGCCUGGGCCACCAGCAUCCGGAGGCCGGUGGAGGAGCCCGCAGCCCUAGCACUGUGUUCUCCAGGCCGCCGAGUGCCGCAGGUCCCCUCUGGCUCGGCCUGCCAGGGAUGAUAACAGUUGAGCUUCUGGGACCCUUCCCUGUGCACCACCUGGCCUGCCCCCCCCCGCCCCCCAAUGCCAAAGCCUCUUUGUUCCUCCUCCUGCCUUGGUCUCCCCAGCAGCACCAACAACUGUCCCGGGAGCAGAGGAUGGACAGAAGGCAGGCCUUUAGAUCAAGGGCCCGGGGCUCCCGGGGCCGCUGGGACCAACCCUGGUACCACCCCAGGACUCGAAGCCAUAGUAGAGAGUUCACCAGGGUUCUAUUCUGGUGGUGUUUCAUACGCCUGCCUAUGGGGGCUCCUCUAGAGAGAGGCAUUGUACUGAUAUAUAAAUAUAUAUAAUAUAUACGUGAGACAUACUGACAGAAUCUGUAAGCUAAUAAAAUUUAAGAAAAAGUAAAAAAAAAUAGGCAAAUUGACAAGUA